UCCCAGAAUCCCCUAUAUUUUUACAUAAUUAUUUGCGUAGGCUAAGCACUGGAAACGGUUAUAAGCCAUUUUCUUCUACGGAUAAAAUAUAGGCUUAUACAUAGUAGCAUCACGAUGGAUAUUUCUCAGAUUCCAGAAUUUCAAAAAGAAAAUAUUCACAUCAAAGAUCCUGAUAAAGUGGAAGAAAUCGUUACAGCUUUCAUGAAAGGUGGUCACAGAAAAUUUCAGGUUGUGUCAGAUUUUGACAGGACAAUAACACGGCACCUUCUCAAUGGAAAAGAAGUUCCUACAACCUAUGAUAUUGUGGAAAACAGCUACGUAAUGUCGAAAGAAAGCAAAGAAAUGUGCCGAGAUUUUUUCCGGCAUUAUUACCCCAAGUGCAUGUCAACUACGUUGCCAGACGAGGAAAAAUUCGUAUCAAUGACAGAGUGGUGGUCAAAGGAACAUGAUAUGAUUACCAAAACUGGAAUGCGCAAGGAGGAUAUAUCUAAAAUUGUCGAACAAUCCGAUGUUGUGCUUAGGGAAGGCUGCGACAUGUUAUUUAAAAAUCUAGCGGACAACAGUGUACCAUUGGUUGUGUGUACAGCCGGCAUUGAAGACAUUUCGAGUGCAGUGAUUAAAGAUCGAGCUACUCUGUAUGACAAUAUAUCAUUUAUGGGCAACAAAAUGGACUUUGAUGCAAAUGGAAAAAUUGUAGGCCUAAGUUGUAAAGGAACAGUAAUUAACCAGUAUAACAAGAGAGAGAUGACUAAUAUCUACCGGGAUUAUUUUGAACAACACAUGGACCGUCCCAACGUUCUCCUAAUUGGUGACUCCAUCGGUGACCUGCAGUUGGCUGAAGGUUUAAUACAACCAGAAUAUGUCCUCAAAAUUGGCUUCUUGAACAGUCAUGUUGAUCAAAACCUUGAAGUUUACAAAAGCAAGUUUGAUAUAGUUGUUGUGGAAGAUAGCACCAUGGAUGUUCCUAAUGCCGUUGUCAACAAAAUCAUGCUAUCAAGUCAAGAAAAUUGAGGAAGCAAUACCAAUUUGAUUUUUGAUUUUGAUUAGUAGCAGACGAAUUAUAUUGUAGUCCUACUGUUAAAUCGGCAGGGGAUUCGAACAAGUAAAGCAACAGUUUAUUAUUUGAUCUGUGAGCGGUUUUAAGGGACUUUUAUCUUAGUAAAUUAAUAUAGGAAACACUUAAAUAAAUAGUUUUACUCUACAUUAUUUAAUCUUUUUACCAAUGACUUACCUGAUUGUAUUUCUUCUUCAAUAAUUGCCCAAUAAGCCCAUGUACUCGGAAGUCCACGUUUAUGCUUUCCUGUCUGAUAUUGAUAAUAUAUCAAAAUGGAGCACCAAACAGUUCUCAUAUUAUAUUAAUAAUGAACCUUUUGAUGUUGUGCAUAAGUUUAAAUAUUUAGGUUUUAUGAUUUAUUAGACGUACAGUUCGUUGCUCUAACCCUUUCGCUCUUAUUUAAUGCUUUAUGUAGGCCUGUUCUUGAAUAUGGUGUCUGCAUUUUACCAUAAUUGGAAAGGUUCAGAGACGCUUUACUCGAGGCUGUUUGGGCUCUGAACACUACUUGUAUUGCCACUCGGUUGAAAUAUUAUAUUAUCUUAUCAUUUAUUUGAUCAUAUACACAAUCAAUUUAAUGUUAAUUCCGUAUUGAUCCUCAACUUCAAUAUUAUAUGACACAGAUUUAAACUUUUAUAGGGUACCGUACGUCAGAAUCGAUUGUCAUAAAUAUUCAUGUUUUAGUUAUAUCCCGUCCAUUUGGAAAAACUUACCACCUUCUGUCAGUGACCAUCUAAUUAAUAAUCAUAAUUUUAAGUAUCUUCUUCGUAACCAUUUAUUUAUUAUGAAUAAUUUAUUUAUUUAUUUUUGCUGUCAUAAGUUAAAAUCUAUAUUGGCUUCCCUUUUAUUGUAAUAUUACAUAUAAAUAGUGUUGACUGCAUUUAAUAAUUACAAAGUUAUUCUGUAUUUAUCAUAUUUCUAUUGUUGCUUGUUAUAUUUUUAUGUAUGUUUCAGUUUACUUCAGGUUAUCCUCAGGCUUGUGUUUUGUUAAACUGUAUUUUAUAUUGCCUGGAAAAAUAAAUGAAAUGAAAAAAAAUGUAUUCGGCCUAUAUUGCAUAUUUAUAAUAUAAUUUAUUGCUUCCAGAAGCCGAUUUUGCCGGCACUAUUUGCCACAAUAAAAUUGCUCCGUCAUUCUGGUUGGUUGAUAGGCCUAUGCUUGUUUAUAUUGCUUAAUUUAAUAUUGUUAGAGGUUUGUUGCUAUUGAAUAUUAAUAAUCUACCGUAAAAUCUCGAAUAAAAAUGUGGAACGGAUUGCCAGA